GAGGACUCAACAGACCUCGUGAAGUGAUUUAGCGCAUUGAUACAUUGCGACGAUGGAGACGGACUGGAGGGCAAUCUGGACACAAUGUAACUAACUAACGGGUCAAUUAUUAGAGCACGGUUGGCACCCAUUAUUUAUUUCCAUUUAUUAUUUUGUCCUUUUGAUUCUUGAAGGAUGUCGGUAGCCGGGUUGAAGAAGCAAUUUCACAAAGCAAGUCAGGUAAGGAGACGACACGGUGCAUAGUGUUGUUAGCAUGGCGCCAUGUGGAUAAAGCCCAUACACUUCAGCAAGCAACCGUUGCCUCAGCGAUAAUUAGUAUGACGUUUGGUGGCAACGCGCCAAGAAUGGGAAUUAAUUCGUAUCUUUAUUUUAGGGCAGUAUAGGCCUACCAAUCAAUAUCAACUGUAAAGACCUACAGAUAGGAAAAAUAAAUUGUGUAGGCUUCUUUUGUGUUGGUGGAUUCUGGACUUUGUUUUCUAAGGUGGACUAUAUCCUUGGCUUCUCUUAUCUCCGAGAUUACUCUAGCUGAAAAUGCGUGAUUGAACACACCUUCAGUAAACAGUGCCAGGGAUACUAACUGGGUCACCACAGAAAUUACUGUCCAAAAUAGUUGCUCUUGAUAGGCCUAUGCUAUCUACACAGCAGAGCCAAUGAACUUGGGAUCUACAGGCAUGACUGAUCUACAGCUUCAGUCAAUUAACUGCAGAACAUACAAUUGAUGUAUACUGAACAAAAAUAUAAACUCAACAAUUUCAAAGAUUUUACUGAGUUACAAUUCCUAUAAGGAAAUCAGUCAAUUGAAAUAAAUUAUUAGGCUCAUUUAGGGGCUCAGGCCCCCCCCCCCCCCCCCCCCAUCAUCCUGCAGGUGAAGAAGAUGGCUGUGGAGGUCCUGUGCUGGAUGAUCCUGGUCUCCGGUUGUGAGGCCAGUUGGACGUACUGCCAAAUUCUCUAAAACAAUGUUUAUGGUAGAGAAAUUAACAUUAAAUGAACUGGCAACCGCAUUGGUGGACAUUCCAGCAGUUUGCAUGCCAAUUGCACGCUCUCUCAACUUGAGACAUCUGUGGCAUUGUGUUCUGUGACAAAACUGCACAUUUUAGUGGCCUUUUAUUGUCCCCAGUACAAGGUGCACCUGUGUAAUGAUCAUGCUAUUUAAUCAGCUUCUUGAUAUGCCACACGUGUCAGGUGGAUGGAUUAUCUUGGCAAAGGAGAAAUGCUCACUAAAAGGCAUAUAAACACAUUUGUACACAAAAUCUAAGAUAAAUAAGCUUUCUGUGCAUAUGGAAAACUUAAGGGAACUUUUUAUUUCAACUCAUGAAACAUGGGAACAAUAUUUUACAUGUUGCGUUUUAUAUUUUUGUUCAGUGUAAAUAAGGAUAUACCAAAUGUCUUUGGGCUCUGAUAAUGACAUUGUUGGAAAGGACAGGUGCACAGGUAUCAGUGUGGUAACGCUUGUCAUUUAUAGAGGAGGAACAGUUAGGCUAACUUUUACAACUCAAGUGUGAUCAUGAAUCAUGCAUAAGUGAUAGAUAUGCCUACAGCACAGGUAUGAAUGUCUAGGAGAUUAUACAUCCUAAUCGCCUUCACAUUGGGUGCCCAUUUUCAACACCAUUUCCAUGCUGGUGCCCAUAUUGUUCUACUAUUAUGGGGGUGCCCUGAUUUGUUUGUGAGUGCCAACCAGACACCCAUGUAAUUCAGAACCCUGCAUUUAAUGGCCUAGGUUUACCAUGCAUGCAAUACUGGACUUACUAUCAACCUAAUGUCUCUAAAUGUAUUCAGUUAUGAAUGGCCAAUGAAGAGGCUGCUUGACAACAUGCAUACAAAUCACACAAUUACCCCUUGGGACUUCCAGGGAAUUUACAUUUAAGUCAUUUAGCAGACGCUCUUAUCCAGAGCGACUUACAGUUAGUGAAUACAUUUUUUAAUAUUUUUUUUAUACUGGCCCCCCAUGGGAACCGAACCCACAACCCUGGCGUUGCAAACGCCAUGCUCUAUCAACUGAGCUACAUCCCUGCCGGCCAUUCCCUCCCCUACCCUGGACGACGCUGGGCCAAUUGUGCGCCGCCCAUGAGUCUCCCGGUCGCGGCCGGCUGCGACAGAGCCUGGAUUCGAACCAGGAUCUCUAGUGGCACAGUUAGCACUGCGAUGCAGUGCCUUAGACCACUGCGCCACUCAGGAGCUCAUCAAAUCAAAUUGUAUUUGUCACAUGCGCCAAAUACAACAGGUAUGCUUACUUACAAGCCCAUAACCAACAGUGCAGUUCAAGAAAUAGAGUUAAGUAAAUAUUUACUAAAUGAACUAAAGUAAAAAAUAACACAAUAAAAUAACAAUAAUGAGGCUAUAUACAGGGGGUACCGGUACCGAGUCAAUGUGCGUGGGUACAGGUUAGUCGAGGUAAUUUGUACAUGUAGGUAGGGGUAAAGUGACUAUGCAUAGAUAAUAAACAGCGAGUAGCAGCAGUGUAAAAACAAGGGGGGGGGGGUCAAUGUAGAUAGUCCGGGUGGCCAUUUGAUUAAUUGUUCAUCAGUCUUUUGGCUUGGGGGUAGAAGCUGUUAAGGAGCCUUUUGGACCUAGACUUGGCGCUCCGGUACCGCUUGCCGAGCGGUAGCAGAGAGAACAGUCUAUGAUUUGGGUGACUGGAGUCUUUGACAAUUUUUUGGGCAUUCCUCUGACACCACCUAGUAUAUACAGUGGGGAGAACAAGUAUUUGAUACACUGCAGGUUUUCCUACUUACAAAGCAUGUAGAGGUCUGUAAUUUUUAUCAUAGGUACACUUCAACUGUGAGAGACGGAAUCUAAAACAAAAAUCUAGAAAAUCACAUUGUAUGAUUUUUAAGUAAUUAAUUUGCAUUUUAUUGCAUGACAUAAGUAUUUGAUCACCUACCAACCAGUAAGAAUUCCGGCUCUCACAGACCUGUUAGUUUUUCUUUAAGAAGCCCUCCUGUUCUCCACUCAUUACCUGUAUUAACUGCACCUGUUUGAACUUGUUACCUGUAUAAAAGACACCUGUCCACACACCCAAUCAAACAGACUCCAACCUCUCCACAAUGGCCAAGACCAGAGAGCUGUGUAAGGACAUCAGGGAUAAAAGUGUAGACCUGCACAAGGCUGGGAUGGGCUACAGGACAAUAGGCAAGCAGCUUGGUGAGAAGGCAACAACUGUUGGCGCAAUUAUUAGAAAAUGGAAGAAGUUCAAGAUGACGGUCAAUCACCCUCGGUCUGGGGCUCCAUGCAAGAUCUCACCUCGUGGGGCAUCAAUGAUCAUGAGGAAGGUGAGGGAUCAGCCCAGAACUACACGGCAGGACCUGGUCAAUGACCUGAAGAGAGCUGGGACCACAGUCUCAAAGAAAACCAUUAGUAACACACUACGCCGUCAUGGAUUAAAAUCCUGCAGCGCACGCAAGGUCCCCCUGCUCAAGCCAGCGCAUGUCCAGGCCCGUCUGAAGUUUGCCAAUGACCAUCUGGAUGAUCCAGAGGAGGGAUGGGAGAAGGUCAUGUGGUCUGAUGAGACAAAAAUAGAGCUUUUUGGUCUAAACUCCACUCGCUGUGUUUGGAGGAAGAAGAAGGAUGAGUACAACCCCAAGAACACCAUCCCAACCGUGAAGCAUGGAGGUGGAAACAUCAUUCUUUGGGGAUGCUUUUCUGCAAAGGGGAUAGGACGACUGCACCGUAUUGAGGGGAGGAUGGAUGGGGCCAUGUAUUGCAAGAUCUUGGCCAACAACCUCCUUCCCUCAGUAAGAGCAUUGAAGAUGGGUCGUGGCUGGGUCUUUGGCUGGGUCUUCUAUCAUGACAACGACACGAAACACACAGCAAGGGCAACUAAGGAGUGGCUCCGUAAUAAGCAUCUCAAGGUCCUGGAGUGGCCUAGCCAGUCUCCAGACCUGAACCCAAUAGAAAAUCUUUGGAGGGAGCUGAAAGUCCGUAUUGCCCAGCGACAGCCCCGAAACCUGAAGGAUCUGGAGAAGGUCUGUAUGGAGGAGUGGGCCAAAAUCCCUGCUGCAGUGUGUGCAAACCUGGUCAAGACCUACAGGAAACGUAUGAUCUCUGUAAUUGCAAACAAAGGUUUCUGUACCAAAUAUUAAGUUCUGCUUUUCUGAUGCAUCAAAUACUUUAGAUUCCGUCUCUCACAGUUGAAGUGUACCUAUGAUAAAAAUUACAGACCUCUACAUGCUUUGUAAGUAGGAAAACCUGCAAAAUCGGCAGUGUAUCAAAUACUUGUUCUCCCCACUGUAGGUCCUGGAUGGCAGGAAGCUUGGCCCCAGUGAUGUACUGGGCCGUACACACUACCCUCUGUAGCGCCUUACGGUCGGAUGCCGAGCAGUUGCCAUACCAUGCGGUGAUGCAACCGGUCAGGAUGCUCUCGAUGGUGCAGCUGUAUAACUUUUUGAGGAUCUGGGGACCCGUGCCAAAUCUUUUCAGUCUCUUCAGGGGGAAAAGGUGUUGUCGUGCCCUCUUCACAACUGUCUUGGUGUGUUUGGACCAUGAUAGUUUGUUGGUGAUGUGGACACCAAGGACUUAACUCUCGAACCGCUCCCAAAUACACGCCCCGUCGGCUGUUAAUUGGGGGCUGUUCAUCCUCCUGUUUCGUAGUAAUCCGACAUAAAACCAUGUAUGUUCGGUCAUGGCUAGUGAGUGUUCAUUUCUGUACAUGCUGACACUUCAAGCUCCUUGUAAUGUGCAUGCCAGCACUGACAGUGAGUGUUCUUGAAGAUGCCAGACUACACUGACAUAAGAGAAAUGUCUUGAAGUGGACGGCCAAGGACUGACAUGCUGCAGUAACAGUGGUUUAAGCUUUAGUUGUUGGAACCCUUACACUAGUUGUGUAUAUCAGUGCAGGAGUUCACACCAGUUUUUGGAUGUAGGCUAGGCUACUUUCAGCUUACUAGUUACUUAUUAGCCAUAUUUGGUUUUGCCAGUACAGGGCCCCAUUCAUUCUGAAAAUAUGUCCAAAACACAAACAUGCCAAUCCAACUCCUAUUAAAACUGCAUCCCAUUCUGAAGACAUCGUCUGCAUAAAAAAAAAAAUUAGUUGCGUCAUUACGGUAGUCCACCUUUUAAUUUGAAUGUUUUGAUGCAUACAUAUACAGUACCAGUCAAAGGUUUGGACACACCUACUCAUUCCAGGGUAGAAUAAUAGUGAAGACAUCAAAACUAUGAAAUAACACAUAUGGAAUCAUGUAGUAACCAAAGAAGUGUUAAACAAAUCAGAAUAUAUAUAGAUUCUUCAAAUAGCCACCCUUUUCCUUGAUGACAGCUUUGCACACUUGGCAUUCUCUCAAUCAGAUUCAUGAGGUAGUCACCUGGAAUGCAUUUCAAUUAACAGGUGUGCCUUGUUAAAAGUUAAUUUGUGGAAUUUCUUUCCUUCUUAAUGCGUUUGAGCCAAACAGUUGUGUUGUGACAAGGUAGGGGGGGAAUGCAUUUCAAUUAACAGGUAUGCCUUCUUAAAAGGUAAUUUGUGGAAUUUAUUUGCGUUUCAGCCAAUCAGUUGUGUUGUGACAAGGUAGGGGGGGUAUACAGAAGAUAGCCCUAUUUGGUAAAAGACCAAGUCCAUAUUAUGGCAAGAACAGCUCAAAAAGCAAAGAGAAAUGACAGUCCAUCAUUACUUUAAGACAUGAAGAUCAGUCAAUACGGAAAAUGUCAAGAACUUUGAACGUUUCUUAAAGUGCAGUCGCAAAAACCAUCAAGCGCUAUGAUGAAACUGGCUCUCAUGAGGAUCACCACAGGAAUGGAAGACCCAGAGUUACCUCUGCUGCAGAGGAUAAGUUCAUUAGAGUUACCAGCCUCAGAAAUUGCAGCCCAAAUAAGUGCUUCAGAGUUCAAGUAACAGACACAUCUCAACAUCAACUGUUCAGAGGAGACUGCGUGAAUCAGGCCUUCAUGGUCGAAUUGCUGCAAAGAAACCACUACUAAAGGGCACCAAUAAGAAGAACUUGCUUGGGCCAAGAAACACGAGCAAUGGACAUUAGACCGGUGGAAAUCUGUCCUUUGGUCUGGAGUCCAAAUGUGAGAUUUUUGGUUCCAACUGCUGUGUCUUUGUGAGACGCAGUGUAGGUGAAUGGAUGAUCUCCGCAUGUGUAAUUGCCACCGUGAGGCAUGGAGGAGGAGGUGUGGGGGUGCUUUUCUGGUGACACGGUCUGUGAUUUAUUUAGAAUUCAAGGCAAACUUAACCAGCAUGGCUACCACAGCAUUCUGCAGCAAUACGCCAUCCCAUCUGGUUUGGGCUUAGUGGGACAAUCAUUUGUUUUUUAACAGGACAAUGACCCAACACACCUCCAGGCUGUGUAAGGGCUAUUUUACCAAGAAGGAGAGUGAUGUAGUGCUGCAUCAGAUGACCUGGCCUCCACAAUCCCCCGACCUCAACCCAAUUGAGAUGGUUUGGGGUGAGUUGGACCGCAGAGUGAAGGAAAAGCAGCCAACAAGUGCUCAGCAUAUGUGGGAACUCCUUCAAGACUGUUGGAAAAGCAUUCCAGGUGAAGCUGGUUGAGAGAAUGCCAAGAGUAUGCAAAGCUGUCAUCAAGGCAAAGGGUGGCUACUUUGAAGAAUCUCAAAUAUAAAAUAUAUUUUGAUUUGUUUAACACUUUUUUGGUUACUACAUGAUUCCAUAUGUGUUAUUUCAUAGUUUUGAUGUCUUCACUAUUAUUCUACAAUGUAGAAAAUAGUAAAAAAUAAAGAAAAUCCCUUGAGUGAGUAGGUGUGUCCAAACUUUUGACUGGUACUGUAAUUAAACUUGUUUUCAAGGGAUGAGAGAAGGGAGAGCACGUUACCAUACAAAUUGUAUACCAACUUAUUUAUUGAAAGAGGUCAGAUUUUGGCAGUGUUUGCUUUCUCUUUUGCCAUUACACACUCACUGUCUUUCCUCAUAUUUUUCUCUUACCUUGCCACAGCUAUUGAGUGAGAAGAUAAAUGGGGCUGAGGGAACAAAGCUGGAUGAAGAAUUUCAAAAAAUGGAAAGGGUGAGGCAGGGCUUUAUUACAUUUAUAUUAUUCCCUUUUUACACAAGAAUUUGUCAAAUUAGGUAGACCAAUGUCAAACACUGAUAUAUAAUUUUCCCCUGCUCUGUCCUCAUCAUUGAUUAUUCUGUUUUAGAGAAUUGAUGUGACCCAAAAAAUGGUUCUUGAACUUGUGCCCAAAACCACAGAGUACCUCCAGCCAAACCCAGGUAUGGUAUCACUUGAUAUACUGACCCAGUAUAGAAUUUCAAUGUACAACUAAAUGUGUAUGUGAUAUAUUUUAUGCCAAUAUUGAUCCACAGCAUAUAGAGCCAAACUGGGCAUGCUCAACACGGUGUCUAGGAUCUGUGGGCAGGUGAAGGCGGUGGGGUACCCCCAGACUGAGGGAAUGCUGGGAGACUGCAUGUUGCACUACGGCAGAGAACUGGGAGUCGGCUCUGCCUUUGGUACGUCAACAAUUGUAAUCCACAUGGAGCUAACUGCUUACAGUCGACACACACCAUCCCAUAUUCUACUAUCACGUAUUUUAUACACAUUCAGAUCAGGUUAUGGGUCUCACCUCUAAAAAGCUUUUAACCCAACACUCAGCAGAUAAAUCGAUAUCGUACUUAUGUAAGGUUCUACGCCUCAGUAAGUUUUGCCUCUUCCAAAAAAGUAUGGGCCUAGAGAUGUACAAAUGCUUAGUACACUACUAUCCUCCCUGACCAAAGAUCAAGAUGUCGAUCAUAUGACCUGGAAUGUAUUUGAAUUAUUGAAUAGUUCAGUUUAUUCCUUCUUACAUGAUGUGCUCAACCGAAUUUUUUUAGUUUUUAAGAUGCCUCUUCAUGUCUGUGAAUUCCAUGUAGGAUGUGCACUGGCGGACAUUGGGGAAGCAUUGAAACAGAUGUCCGUAGCCAGAGAUUCCCUGGACGUCAGUGUGAAGCACAACUUCAUCGACCCACUGCAGGCACUCCAGGACAGAGAGUUGAGGGAAAUAGGGGUGAGGCUCAUCUCCAUCACUCAGAAUAGUCUCAGAAUUGACAAAACGAUUAAUGCUUCGGCAAAGGGAACAGCCUGAACAGGUAUCAGAUUAGUAGUCAUUGACCUAUGUGCUGUAGGCCACUAGUCCUUGGAUUUAUGGCUUGUAGGCUUAAGGUUAGGGUCCUUUGAUGUCUACCUAUCAUUGUAAAUGAAGAUCAAGUGCAUUUUACGGCUGUGUGUGUCAUAAAUGUUUAAUGUUGAAAAUGACAGUAUGGAUCAAAUGCUUAUAAUAGUUUUGGUUGAUAUACAGUUCACAAGCAAAUGGGUGUUUUCAGAUCCAUACUGUACUUAUCAUUCAUUCUUCAGUACCACCUAAGAAAACUUGAAGGCCGUCGUCUAGACUUUGACUACAAGAAACGACGCAAAGGAAAGAUCCCUGAUGAGGAGAUCAUGCAGGCGUGGGAGAAGUUUUCGGACUCCAAAGAGCUGGCAGAGAGAAGCAUGUUCGACCUCUUAGAAAGGGAUGUGAGCAAAAACAAAAAUACUGCAAUUCUACAACACACGCUUAUUUUUCUUUAUAAACAAGGAGAUGCAAAGUUCUCUAAACAUGUUCAUGAAAGUUAGCUUGUUGGCUCAUUAUCAUGUAUACUGGCCAGGUGAGAUUGACAAUGCUUCUGUGCUGAUAUCUAUUGUGGUCUGGUAUUGCAGGCGGAGCAUGUGACUCACCUAUCAGCUUUGAUUGGGGCCGCUCUGGACUAUCACCGCCAGUCUUGCCAAAUCCUGGACAGCCUCAAUCGAAGUCUGCAGGGCAGGUGAUUGUAUCAACCAAAUUAUUAAAUACACUUAAUCAUGAGCUACACGUACUCAAUACUCAAGACACAUAUCAUGCUGCCUGGCUUUGGUUCAUUGUUGAUGGUUGUGACCUUGUCUAUCCCUUUCUUUCUAGGCUAGCCAUUGCAGGCAACCGACCAAAGAGGGAGCCCAGGCCCAAAUCUAUUAAGGUUAACACAAUCAACACACAACAAAAUGGAUCUUCCCACAGAUCAUCAGUUAUAUCUUCAGGUGAUUAGCUCAAUUGUUGAUCAAUUUUAAUUUGUUCAAUUCAUUUCCAUAAUGUUAUUUCUGUAAUGUUUAUUAGUCUAAAUCAUGUUUUACUAUUGUAAAAUGGUGUCCCUUUUGUAAAUUGAGGUCCUCUGGAUGGUUGACUAUAGCUUUCCCGAUUUAAGUUGUUAAUAUGUCCAUUAUAAUUUAUUGCAGAUCCCCAGAUAAGCCAAGCUGUCAAUGGAAAAAGUAAGUACUGAUACCCUAAAAUGUAUGACAGAUGCAAUACUAACCAACUCAUUGAGACAUCCUUGUUUUUCUAAUUUGAAUGCAAAUUAACUUGAGCUUGCAUUUCGAAACAGGAUACCAGUAUUUGUAUAUUUAUAUGCUGCAACUGUAUGGGAGGUAGGACUUUCAACUAAGAUAUGCUAUUUCUUGUCAUCCUACUCCACUUAUCCCAGAUGACCAGUACACAAACAUACUGCUAAGACCAGAGAGUCCCAUCAUCUGUAACCGUGAGUAAACCCACAGGUCAUGGUACCGACUUCAGACCAAAACCUUCCAUGAUGUCCUGUCUAUCAUAUUGCUCACACAAGCAAAUGGAAAUCAUGUAAAUAAAAUCAUGGAAUUAAAAGGAAAUAACCAGUGUGUGCAUAAUAGUAUGGACUGUUUAGAUUGAAUAAUUAGUGGUCAUCUAGAAAUAUCAAUUUCAAGUCAAUUGUGGGUCUCUUUCAGAUGAUUGUGAGGUUUUCCUAGACCAGCCUUGCUGCCGGGCGCUCUACUGCUUUGUGGCUGAGAAUGAAGGAGAGCUGGGCUUCAAGGAGGGCGACCUCAUCAUCCUCACCAACCAGAUUGAUGACAACUGGUAUGAGGGCAUGAUCAGUGGGGAGUCUGGCUUUUUUCCCAUCAGCUACGUCAAUGUCCUUGUGCCUUUGCCACAGUGA